AUGCCUUACGAAUCGCCACUUCCUCCGAUUGACGUCCCCCCAACGUCCACAAUCUACAAUUUCCUCUUCGGCCCUACCUCAACAAUAGCAACCACUCCCGCAUCUUCCACGCGCUCAUUCAUCGAUGCAGCCACCGACGCGCGCAUCAGCUUUCCAGAGCUCAAACAGCUCACUACGCAUCUCUCCACGGCGCUGACUCGACACUACGGACUACGCCCCGGCGAAACCGUUGCCCUGUUCUCCACAAACACAAUAUGGUACCCAGUCGCCAUGUACGGAGUUCUGCGCGCCGGCGGUGUAGUCAGCGGUGCGAGUCCCGCAUAUACGGUGGAUGAAAUGGCCUAUGCUCUGGAGAAGAGCAAGGCACGCUUUCUGUUUACGUUGCCGGGGUCGUUGAAGGUUGCUUUGGCGGCAGCGGAGAGGGUAGGGAUGGAGAAGAAGCGGGUAUUCCUACUGGAAGGUAGGGCGGAGGGGAUUAUGGGGUUGAGGCAGCUGGUAGAGAUGGGAAGGAGGGUUGCAAACCAGACACCAGAGUGGGUAGUUCCCGAGGGGAAAGGUAAUGGAGAAGCGGUGGCAUUCUUGAGCUUUAGUAGCGGAACGACAGGGCUACCGAAAGCUGUAAUGAUAUCCCACAGAAAUGUAAUUGCCCAAUGCCUCCAGAUCCAAAAAGUGACCACUCCGGACCUAACCCGUGUGUUGGCGGCCCUCCCUCUAUUCCACAUCACAGGCCUCGUGCAUAUCCUGCACCUUCCUCUCCUCGUCAAUGCCGAUGUAGUCAUGCUACCUCAGUUCACGCUCCCCAAGAUGCUCACCGCCGUGGCCGACUACAAGAUCCCAGAGAUGCUCCUCGUGCCACCAAUCCUCAUCCGGUUGAUCCGUGACCCCAUAGUCGCCAACUAUGACCUCAGGCACGUGAAGCGUCUCUCCUCUGGCGCAGCCCCGCUCUCCCGUGAGGUCAUCAAGGAGCUUGAGAAUAAGUUUCCAUGGAUGGGAUUGAAGCAUGGAUAUGGCAUGACGGAGUCAUGCUCGUGUAUCACGGCCACAUUGCCAGAGGACACGCAAUUUAAGCACGGGCACAAAGUUGGGAAGUUAUGUGCCAGCACGCAGGUGAAGAUAGUUGACGAGAAUGGAGCGGAGGUGCCGCGUGGGCAGCCUGGGGAGCUCCUGGCGAAGGGGCCGCAGGUCACAAUGGGAUAUCUGGAGAAUGAAAAGGCAACGAGGGAGACGUAUGAUUGUGAGGGGUGGCUCCAUACAGGUGAUGUGGCGGUUAUUGACGAGGACGGCCAUGUGGAAAUUGUGGAGAGGAUCAAGGAGAUGAUCAAGGUGAAUGGGGUGCAAGUUGCGCCGGCGGAGCUGGAAGAUCUAUUGCUCGGGCAUCCGAAGGUCGAGGAUGUCGCAGUACUUGGAGUGCCCCAUGAAAUGAUGGGAGAAGUGCCAAGAGCGUACGUGGUGCUUAAGGCGGGAGUGAAGCAGGAUGGAGCAGAGGAAGAAUUGGUGGGGUAUGUGAAGAAGAGUAGAGGCGCGAAGGACAAGUGGUUGAGGGGUGGUGUGCGGUUUAUAGAGAGUGUCCCGAAGAGUCCCAGUGGUAAGAUCCUAAGGAGGGUAUUGAGAGAAAAGGCGAAGACGGAGGAUAAAGUAGUCGAGAAAGCAAAGCUGUAA